AUGCAUUUCCUUCUCAUCAUAUCCACGCUAGCGCUUAGUACCAUUGUCCACCACACUGGUAGUGCCGACUGUCCAUGUGGGUGGCUACUUGACGACCAGGCUACAGUCUACGCCCAUCAUCUGUACGAGGACUUCAGCGAUUACCCCAUUGAUGUCGAUUCAAUGCUCGAUAACCCGCUGGCCGCUCACUUCAACGAGGACUGGAUGAUCUACGAUUACUAG